AUGAAGUGGUUAAUCUUUGCUUUCAUUUGCAUCCAGCUCUCUGAGGGUCUGCACAAAGUGCCUUUGUACAGAUGCAAGUCUGUCCGUGAGGUCCUGAGGGAGCGCGGGGAGCUGAAACAUUUCCUGGAAACCCAUAAGUGGGACCCAGCCAUGAAAUACCGACACCUCUUCCCUGGAUACCAGUUGGAGGUUGUAGAUGAACCAUUGCUGAAUUUCCUGGAUAAUUCCUACUAUGGACCUAUUACUAUUGGGACCCCACCUCAAAGCUUUGAAGUUCUGUUUGAUACAGGCUCAUCAAAUCUCUGGGUUCCAUCCGUCUACUGUCGCAGUUCACCAUGCUUGAAUCACGCAAGGUUCAAUCCACAGGGUUCCUCCACAUUCACGGCCAGCCAACAAGGAUUUUCCAUACACUAUGGCUCUGGAAGCUUGAGUGGAUAUUUUGGCUAUGACACAGUUAAUGUUGCUGGACUUAACAUCCCAAACCAGGAGUUUGGCCUCAGUGUGAAUGAACCUGGAUCCGCUUUCUAUUACGCCCAGUUUGAUGGAAUCCUCGGUCUCUCCUACCCAGCACUCUCAGCAGGAGGCGCCACACCCGUGUUCGAUGGCAUGCUGCGUGACCGUCUGGUGUCGGAGCCUUUGUUCUCCGUGUACCUGGGCAGCGUUCCCAACAGUCAGAAUGGCGGAGAGGUGACGUUCGGUGGGAUCGAUACCACCAAGUACACUGGCGAGAUUGUCUGGGUGCCCGUUCUUCAGGAACUCUACUGGCUCAUCCCCAUACAAAGUGUGCUUCUCAAUGGCCAGUCUGCCUUCUGUUCCGGAGGGUGCCAGGCUAUGGUCGACACUGGGACAUCAUUGCUCACCAUGCCAGGUCACGACUUAGCGGAACUGAUGUACUACCUCGGUGCACAACAGAACGCAAAUGGAGAGUACAUAGUCAACUGUAACUACAUCUCAAGCAUGCCUUCGCUGACAUUUGUGAUCAAUGGAGUGAAAUUUACCAUCCCUGCCUCAGCCUACAUCAGGAGGAACUAUAACUAUUGUUAUCCUGCAUUUGAGUCAACCUAUCUGCCUGCUCCCACCAACAAUGGACCAUUCUGGAUCUUGGGUGACGUCUUCCUGAGAGAGUUCUAUUCCAUUUACGACAGAGGGAAUAACAGAAUGGGAUUUGCUAAAGCUGUCUGAGACGCUUGUGUCCAACUUGCCUUCAAAG